AUGAGCAUUCGGUGUAGAUGUCCGGACUGUGUAGUUUUGGUUUACACUGGUAGUUUUUACGACCACGUUUCACUUUCUAUGGGUGUUGCGACAUAUUUGAUGUCUCUCAGGACUGCGGUUCAGAUUUCUUUUCAACAUGUUCUCUCUAACACGGACCUUAUCUUUUUUUGCCCAGUGCUCAAAGUAGUUGAAAACCUUGGUGUGAGCUAUGUAAGAAGUACUGAUUCAUACAAAACUAAGCUGGAGAAUGAGCUCCGGAGACUUAAGUUUCCCUACAGAGCUUUGGCUGAGGAUGAUUAUGAGGCAAGAAGAAAAGAUCAUAUCUCUCAUUUCAUACUACGCCUUGCUUACUGCCAGUCUGAGGAUCUCAGGCGUUGGUUUCUUCAGCAAGAAAUGGAUCUCUUCCGGUAUCGCUUCAGCCAACUGACUGAUGGUUUAAUGCAGAAAUUCCUGGAAUAUGUUAAUUUAUCAUUUGAAGCUGUUAGUGAAGACCUGAAAACUGAACUGGCAAAUGAGCUGUGUGCAUCAACUCCUGGCCUCAGUCUGCCUAAAGUAAAAGAACAAAUGUUCUAUAAGGUUGGACUUGCGGAUGCUGUAGAUCUAUUUAGAACCAGAAGAGUAUUUGUUAAAGAUGGCUUUGCAUAUGUGCCGUUUAAGGAGAUUGCUGCGAUUGUUUUGAAUAACUAUAGAACCAAAUUAUCUAAAGCGUUGGCGCUGACAGCGCGAUCGCUACCUUCCAUACAGUCUGAUGAGAGACUACAACCUCUGCUUAAUCAUCUCAGCCAUUCUUAUGUUGGCCCAGAUUACAGCGUCCAAAAGAACACUGGAAAAAUUUCUCUAGAGCAGAUUGAUUCUCUUUCUGUGAAGUCGUUCCCUCUCUGCAUGCGGCAGUUGCACAAAGCGCUGCGCGACAGCCACCACCUCCGUCACGGGGGGCGGAUGCAGUAUGGGCUGUUCCUAAAGGGCAUCGGCCUGACUCUGGAACAGGCACUGGAGUUCUGGAAGAGGGAAUUUAUCAGAGGAAAAGUGGAUGCAGAUAAGUUUGACAAAGGAUAUGCUUACAGCAUUCGCCACAGCUAUGGCAAAGAAGGAAAGAGAACUGAUUAUACCCCAUACAGCUGCAUGAAGAUUAUCAUGUCCAAUCCACCAAGUCAAGGGGAUUAUCAUGGGUGCCCAUUCCGACACAGUGAUCCUGAGCUACUGAAGCAAAAGCUGCAGUCAUACAAGAUCCCUCCCAGUGGAAUAACUCAGAUCCUGGAGUUGGUGAAGGGCAUGCAUUACCAACUGGCCUGUCAGAAGUACUUUGAGUUGACACAUGAGGUUGAUGACAUUGGGUUUUCUUUGAAUCAUCCUAAUCAGUAUUUUACAGAGAGUCAAAGGCUAUUAAGUGGUGGUAGAGAACCAAAGAAGGAAUUAAGUACUUCAGGAAACUCUCAACAAAAAAAUAAUAGUCAGGAAAGCAUGAAUUUGAAUUCAACUCCCACCUCUUCAAAUACAACAGCUGAUACAGAACUGGAGGGACUGGAAGCUUACUUCACUGAAGACUAAG